AUGAGUAUCGAAUACGCGCUAUCACGUGGAAGUCGGGUCCUUGUGACAGGUGCCAACGGCUAUAUCGCCUCGCAUGUUGUCGACCAAUUACUCGGUCCUGGAUACAUUGUCCGGGGAACUGCGUCUGAUUUGAGCUUUGGGACCGAUCCCAAUCCGGUGAUACCUUGGGUUGUCCACGCGACACUGAACAUCCUAGUGACCACCUCACGGAAGCCCUCGAUCAAAAGAGUGGUGUUGACAUCGUCUUCGAGCUCCACAUAUUCUUUGACAUCGGAGCUAAACAGACGCGAGCUUUACGCUGGUCAGCCAAAGACAGACCUAGUGCGAAGAGUGCUUGUUCAACUGCUAAGAACAAUGCCAGAUACUUGGAACGAUGCCGCCGUCGGUAAGAUACUUCACCAAGAGAUCCCCGGCUCGACGAUGGGCUGGGUUCGGAAAUUGCUCCAAGGUGACGCAACCGCAUUUUCGCGGUUUCCCGAACAAUGGUAUGUUGAUGUCGAAGAUACUGCUCGACUCUGCGUGCUUGGUCUACUUGACCCGAUCGUCAAGUCUGAACGAAUCUUUGCGUUUGGAGAACAAACAAAGUGGACGAAUACUGUGAAGAUGCUUCGCGAACUGCGACCCGAAAACACCCUCAUUCCGAAUGCACCUGAACAUGAGAUACGGGAUCGGACUAACGUCAUUCCUCGUGCAAGGGCUCGUGAUUUGCUUGAAGCAUUUUACGGUCAAUCUGAUUUCACUUCGGUAAAGGAUAGUCUAGAGAAAUGUAUCGAGGGUUAUUGA